UUCAUCUUCUCCCUGAUGCUCUGCCUCCCGAAAGCCCCCCAAAGCCACCGACUCCCUCCUCCCUUGAAAACCCGGCGAGAUCUUGAUGAAAUUCCCUUCUUUCUUGUUCAAUAACAAGAUUUAGGACUUAGAACACUCUCCUAAACCCAGAAAUUUCCAGAUCUGCGCUGUCUUCUUCCCCUCUGUCCGUUGACCUCUGCUGUGUGGGGUUGAGUUCGGUUUUCUGAUAAAGGGAUAGCCAUGGAUUCCUCUUUUUAGCUUUGAUUUGGCUUGGGUUACCCUAAUUUCUGUUUUUGGUUCUUGAAUUGUUGGUAGUCCGCGAGUUUCCCCCUCCAAUUUUCGUCAGCCCUUUUCCCUGCCAGGUCCGGUUCUGCUAGCUGGAAUUCUGGUGCUGUUGUGGCUUAGAGCUCUAGGGUCGAGUUUCCUGUUUAUGGGAAGUGAGGUAAGUAAAUUUAUGGUAAUGCCCGUACAGUUUUUAAAAGUAUGUUUUGACUUAUUUUUGAAGUGGUGGCGGGACUAAACCCGUUUUAUGCAAAAGUAAGUAUGAUUGAUUUGAAGUGAAAUUUUUAUGCUUUUCAUUAAAUUGAGCAUGCCUACUUGAAAUUUAAAUUGAUUGUCCUAAUGAUUUGAAAGUGAUUGGUGAAUUAUGAUUUUUCUGUUAACCUCUACCUGUUUUGUCUUCGAUGUGGUCAUGUUAUUAGUGACCCUGCUAGUGGGGGUUAAACGCUAGCACAUGUUGACAUGUUAUUGAUAGAACUGGUUCGUUCGAGUGACCCUGCUAGUGGGGGUUAUACACCAGCAAAUAGUGCGUCUGCCAGUUGGUGGUUUAUAACACAGGCCAUGACCUAUAGAGGAGACGUCUAUUUUGUUCUCAUAUUGUAUCCGUUUUUAGUGAUUGCACUUGUUGGCAUGCUAUGAGUUUAAUUACGGGCUAUGAGUUUAAUUACGGGCUAUCCAUAUGUUACUUACUGAGUUAUUUCACCUCGUUUUUCCUUGCCCAUCAUUUCAGGUAGUGUAACCCGAGACACGGAAAUCAAGGGGAGUGACGUGAUAGAAGGCUAGCCACUUGAGAUUUGACAUAGAUUCUAGAUAUGUAUACCAUGCUCUUGUAAGUUAGAUUUUAAUUGGAAAUUUUAUGGUAUCAAAACUGAUUUUGUUGAGUAAGUUCCGAGCCUUGUGCACUUGUGGGAUCCGUCUCACAAGUGUACGGCGUCUGUUACGCCCUCGGAUUUGGGUUCUGGGGCGUGACAUAUAUAAUGACAUAUGAAAGUUGUAAAUAAAAAUUACACAAAUAGAUCCUAACUUUUUGCUAACAAUUUAAGUAAUUCAUGAUACUCUCUUGCUAGUUGAUAUGGUGAUUCUGAAUUUAAGUUGUAUGUUAUAAAAUGUGAGAAAUAGUUGAAGAAUCCUCGAAUCAGGAAAAGAAAAGAUUGUGGUGGUAUACUUCUUAAAAUUAAAUUAUUUGGACAACCAAGCAACAUUUCAUUUUCAAGAAAAUUGGAACUCUUAUUAGUUGCAAUACAUGCAUUGUUGGGAUGGAACAACUUUUAUAACUCUCAUGUUUUUGAGACUGCAUUUAAGAAGGUAAAUGUGGAUGCAAAAUAAUGAAAUCUUAGGAUAAGGGGAUGAGAGAGUAUGCAAUGAUCAUGGAUUUAUAAUAUAAACAUGUUAUUGUG